GUGGCAGUCCACACGGAGUUCAGGUCGUUCUUGUGCGUACCUGGCGACUCAAAAAUAGGACAGCAUACUUACGUUACAUCUGCCACCAGGUGUUCCUGAAUUUCGUGAUCCAAUAGCCGAGCCAAACUCCGAACCACACACUCGGCUUGUGUAAUGCUGCUGCACGACAACGUCCACAUCCGUUCUUAAUACUAAACAGAUCGCGCGUCUCUAAUCUACUUCCAACACAAAUGGAGACCUUUGCUCUGUCAUAUUCCCCUUACGGUCUCACACAUUUUGUUCGCAUUGUAGAUCGAACUCUUCUCGCAGGACAUGUGGACUCUUCUGGAGGCGCGGGAUGCCGCCUCUAAAGCGGCCUACAACACCAACGUCCAGCUCUGGACCAUGUACGCCAUCGGCGUGGCUGUGACGAUGCUACGGACCUGGUCGCAGGCCAGAGUCGUGGGCUGGAGGCAUCUGCGCCUGGAUGAUUAUCUCGUGUGGGUUGGGAUUUUGUUCUACACGGCGCAGGUCUCUCUGGCCUACAAUGUGGGCGCAGUGGCCCAUGGCUUGGCCAACAACAGCAUGACUGACGCUCAACGGGCAGCGUUGUCGCCAGAGAGUCCCGAGUAUCAUGCCAGGGUGAUCGGCUCGAAGAUCCAACUGGCGGGUUGGGCCACCUAUUCGGCAUUGAUCAGCUUUCUCAAGCUGUCCAUGCUCGCGUUCUAUACACGGUUGAUGAACGGCCUCGGUCGGCGAUAUCGCAUUCCCAUCUACAUUGGGUUUGUGCUGGUGGUUGGAAGUUUCCUCGCCAGCAUCAUCACAAUCCUCGCGUCAUGCCGCCCAUUUCACAAGAAUUGGCAAAUCUACCCUAAUCCCGGCAACAUCUGCCAACCUGCCAUCUCCAUGCCCGUCGUCGCCAUCACCUUCGCCUCCAACCUCCUCACCGACCCCUACCUAAUCCUCCUCCCGAUCCCCAUGCUGUGGGGCUCCAGCCUGAAAGUCAUUAAAAAGAUCGCGGCGACCAUCAUUCUCAGCGCGGGAAUCUUCAUCCUCGUCUGCGCGACCCUCAAGGCCGUCUUCAUAAUAGUGGAACAAGACAACGGCGCCUCCCUAGCCGAAGAAUGGGGCACGCGCGAGACCUUCGCGGCGGUGAUCACCACGAACCUCCCGAUGGUCUUCCACCUGCUGCGCACCUGGCUGGCCCGCGCCUUCGGCAGCGCCUUCCAGUCCUCGCAGAAGAGCUACAAGAACCCGUCAGGCUUCCAAACGAUUGGUGGCGGAGGUGGACUAGGCGGCUCCUCGAGCCGCAACCGCGGCAAAGCGUCGGAUCCGAUCACGAUCGGGCUGACGUUUACGGAGAGCGAAGAGCGCAUGAUGGACAACAUGAAGAUGCAGGCGCUCAAGGCGUACCCUGCGCCGGUUUCACCCCAUCCGGAUACUGAUAACGGGGCGAUUGUCGUCUCCAACCAGAUCGAGAUCACACAUGAGACGCGAAGUAGCGCGCAUAGUGAUGCCGAGGCCGCAGGCAGGACGACGCCGCAUGCGCCUGAGGAGAGUUGGUUGCGCUAGGCUGGCCUGGAGCAUGGUCCUUGACCGAGGACGGUUUCUUUUGUUUCGUGUACAUACUUUUCACCAUACGAUUUUUUUCAUCCCUUU